AGCUUCCAUUCAUCACACUGUCGGUAUUCUCGUCGAAGUCUUGGACCAUCGCUGUCUUCCUCAUUGCAUAGUUAAAAAAAAAGGCUGAUCCCUUAUCGACAAUUUGCGAACGACACGAAAAAGUCUCCUCGCCAACGCCGCGGUUCUCCACUUGCUGCCCACGCACAAACACGCACACCGCUGUGCUGCCUACCGACGCAAUCUGCGCUCACACACUCUUCUCUCCUUUCCCUUUCUACCGCUUUUGUGGCAGCUGAAAAAUGGCGUCGGGUGGAUCGGUGAUUGCGGUCAAGUACAACGGCGGCGUCCUGAUGGCGUGCGACACGCUGCUGUCCUACGGCUCCCUCGCCAAGUGGCCGAACAUCCCGCGCGUCAAGCUGCUGGGCAGCCACUCCGCCGUGUGCGCCACGGGCGACUACGCGGACUUCCAGAUGAUGGCGAAGCAGGUGGAGGACAACAUCGAGCGCCAGAAGCUGUACCACAACGUAGACGAGCUGUGCCCGAACGAGGUGUUCAGCUACCUGCACCGCUCCAUCUACUCCAAGCGCUGCGACUUCGAGCCGUGCCUGUGCCAGAUGGUCUUCAUCGGCAGCCGCUUCGGUCAGUCCUUCCUGGCCGGCGUGGACGACGUGGGCACGCGCUGGGAGGACGACUGCAUCGCCACCGGCUACGGCGGCCACAUCGCACUUCCGUUGCUACGCCAGGCGCUGGAGAAGAAGCCGGAUGGCCUGACGCGGUUCGAGGCGGAACAGCUGCUGAAGGACUGCCUCCGAGUGCUGUUUUACCGCGAGUGCCGCGCCAUCAACAAGUUCCAGAUCGCCGAUGCCUGCGGCGACUCGGUGCGCAUCAGCGACCCCUUCGACGUGGACACAAACUGGGAGCUGGAGGGCUACCGCUUCGAGAAGACGGCCAUCAUUCGUUAG